AUGAGGAAUAUGACAAGAAGGAGAAUAAGAAGACGUCCCUCGUUCAGCCGCCCAUCAGCCCCAGAGCCAGCAGCAGCCAAGUUGUCAAGACGCGCAAACGAGCUGUUGGUUGAUGGAUGUCUGGCCGUCCGUUUGCCUGGCGAUGACGAAGAAAAAGAAGCGCUGACAGAACAAGAGCAAGCCCCCAGCCUCCUCCGGACGAGCCCGACCAAGACAAGAGCUCGACGAGACACGAGACAAGAAGAAGCCGACGGCUGCGAGCGAACGACGAGGCAGGCCGGGUGUUCGAUGGUUGACGGUGUUCCUGGUAGCGAUGGAAUCACUGAGGCGCAGCUCGCUCUCUUCUGCCCUGGACCCUCCAGUGAGAUGCGCGUCCUCCUCCUUCUGAUGUGGCACCGCAUGGCGUCCACACCCUCCUCUCUUGCUCUCCUGCUCUCUCAUGCACAAGAAAAGACGACGGCUAAAAAGCAAUUAUGCGGGCUUUGGACGCUGAAUCGAUUAUUGUCAACAUGCGAGACGGACACCCGACGGCGGUGCUUGUGCUGGAGAUACACAGAUAAUGCUUGCUUGCAUGCCAUGACAUGCCAUGACGGUGGCUGGUGUUGGUUGUUGACUGAUGCCGGCUGGUCAAGCCCGGGUUCCUGGACCAGCGACCAGCAUCUCGCCUGCGUCUUACAUCCUGGCUGGCGGUUCAGCCUAGCUAACUAA